GCUGGACUAUUCCAAUCCCUGUCGGAGAGAAUACACGGGGACCGACAGUCUUUCUCUCUUUUCUCCCUCAUUGUGAUUCUUUUAUCAUACCUCUCUUUCACUAUUUUCCUAAGUGGAUAACUUUCCCUUCUCCCUCCCUUGCUUUCUGCUCCGUUUCACGGUUUUUAUAAGCUAUAUAGGUGUAUUUAUUUGUUUUUUUAUUAGAAAGGAUAUACAUUUAUAUUUUAGAUGUUCCUCAAAUGAGAAGACGCAAAAGAUGGAGUUGCAUAUUUUAGAACACAGCUUGAAAGUAGCGAGUAUAGCAAAAGAGGGCAUUCAGAUUUGCACUCACGGAUUAAUCAAACUCGCCUUCUUGCCCUCUAAAACAAGAUGCAAGUUUUUCAGUUUGACGGAAACUCCGGAGGAUUAUACCAUUAUCGUCGAUGAGGAAGGCUUCAAAGAACUGCCCGAGUCGGAGCACCUUAGUGUCGCCGAGGCCACAUGGUUGGCUCUCAACGUGGUGUCGGGGGGUGGGAGCGCCACCAACUCUCAGCCAAUCGGAGUCACCAAAAUAGCCAAGUCUGUCAUUGCCCCCCUGGCAGACCACAACAUCUCUGUGUUUAUGCUGUCCACCUAUCAGACUGACUUUAUCUUGGUUCGAGAGCGGGACCUGCCCAUGGUCAUGCACACCCUGUCUUCUGAGUUCACCCUGCUGAGGGUGAUCAACGGAGAGACCGUGGCCGCCAACAGCCUGGGAGUAACCAACGGCUUUGUCAAGCCUAAACUCGUGCCCCGUCCCAUCAUCCACCCUCUGUCCAGCCCCAGUAACAUGUUCUGUGUGACCAGCCUGGACCCAGACACACUGCCCUCUGUGGCCACCCUGCUCAUGGACGUCAUGUUCUACUCAGGCGGCAUAAAGGAGCCCGGGGCAUCUAGCGAGGACUCCGCACACAUCCGCUUCUUCUCCUUCUCUCUGAUUGAGGGCUACAUCUCUCUGGUCAUGGACGAGCAGAUGACACGACGGUUUCCCAACAAUGUCCUCUUCACUAGUGCUUCAGGGGAGCUUUGGAAAAUGGUUCGCAUUGGGGGACAGCCUUUAGGAUUUGACGAGUGUGGUAUCGUGGCUCAAAUAUCGGAACCCCUGGCGACUGCUGACAUUCCAGCUUAUUACAUCAGUACCUUCAAGUUCGACCAUGCCCUGGUCCCAGAAGAAAACAUCCAGAGUGUGAUUGGAGCUUUGAGGACCAAUGAGAGCGCAGGACAGUGAAGGGGAGGUGGGAAGAGACAGUGGAACUAGCGAGCCCUGUGCCCACACCUUGAUUUAUCGUGUCAAACUCUUUUUUUUUUUGUGCCAAAAGCGUACCAGUGGACUGCUGUGGGGGGGUGGUUCUGGGAACAGGGUAACGCAAAGCUUUGGUGGUGUAGAUGGGGUACAGGGGAGGGACGGUGUGUGUGUGUAUAGGGAUGCUUUUGUUCAGCGAUCAGCAACAUGCCCCUCCUAUUCUGAGACGGUGCCAACUAUGCUCCAAACCCCACCCCCCACCCCACCCCCUUGACCAUCCGCUCUUACCCCAAACAACAUCCACCUCUUUGGGGACCCAAAGCUAGAGUGACUGCUGUGUUUUUUCUUUCUCCUCUCCCUCACACCAUUUCACCAUGGCAACGCGGCCUACUGAGUUUGGGCCUAUCUCUUCGACACCAGGCCGAGACGCUGCGACACGGCCCUCACCUCCUUUUACACCCACGCGGCCCAUGACUGCCUAUACUGGUGCUGUAGUACACCACACUUUCCUUCCUAACUUUACAUUGUUUCUCGCAAGCUGCUCUUCCCCUAACAACCAUACUGUAUUAGUUACCAGUCCUCCCCUUAUGGAAAGAAAGAGAAUGAUCUCUACCAACAAUUAUCAAGAUUUCCAUUAUUCUUCUUAUUUAUUUUUCUCAGUGCCAAGUCGUUUUAAAGACCAAUGCCUUGUCUAACGCUCAGUGUGUUUGCACUUGAAGGUGACAUUUCUGAGUUGCCGUUGGUGGUGACGGACUGUGUGGUUCAACGACAUAGUGUGGUUUUGUUUUUACAAGUUAUUGAAUAAGCUUUUAAUGUCAAGUCCUGAUGAAAUUCUCAUUAUGGAAACUCUUCUUAAA